UCCUUAUAACCAAAGGAAGUGAGCCACAGACUUUAUUCAACUUUACAUCCUGAGCUGAGCUGACCUGCUUCCUGAAAACUACUACUCCUCUGCUUCUGUUCAAGUGACUCGAACAAGACCUCAUCAUGGUGUCAAUGGGACGACAGAUGCUGGGCUUCGCCCUGGCCAUCAUUGGCUUCCUGGGGACCAUCAUUGUGUGUGCCCUGCCUAUGUGGAAGGUCACGGCCUUCAUUGGAGCCAACAUUGUGACAGCGCAAGUCAUUUGGGAAGGCUUGUGGAUGAACUGUGUGAUGCAGAGUACGGGCCAGAUGCAGUGCAAGAUUUAUGAUUCUCUGCUGGCUCUACCCCAGGACCUCCAGGCCGCCAGAGCUCUUGUGGUCAUCGCCAUCAUCGUCGCUGCCUUUGGGGUCAUCUUGGGCAUCGCUGGAGGCAAGUGCACCAACUUUGUGGAGGAGCCACGUGCCAAAGCUAAGGUGGCCAUUGCUGCUGGAAUCGUCUUCAUUUGUGCUGGUGUUCUCAUCCUCAUCCCCGUCUGCUGGUCUGCCAACACCAUUAUCAGGGAUUUCUACAACCCCAUCAUGACCAACGCCCAGAGGAGAGAAGAGACGACGAUGGCUUCCAUGGCAAUGCAGAUGGCGGGAUGCGUCCUGGCCCUUUUUGGCUGGAUUGGGGUGCUCAUUGUCUGCGGCACACCCAUGUGGCGGGUCACUGCCUUCAUUGGCAACAACAUAGUGACAUCCCAAGUCAUGUGGGAGGGCAUCUGGAUGAGCUGCGUGGUCCAGAGUACGGGACAGAUGCAGUGUAAGGUGUACGACUCCAUGCUGGCUCUGAGCACUGACCUGCAGGGGGCCCGCGCUCUGGUGGUGGUUUCCAUCGUCGUAGGCCUCGCGGGGAUCCUCAUAGCUUUCGCCGGUGGAAAGUGCACAAACUUCAUACCAGAGGAGAGGGCCAAGGCGAGGGCUUCUGUGGCAGCAGGUGUGUUGCUGAUCAUCAGUGGAAUCCUCUGCAUCAUCCCCGUUUCAUGGACUGCCAGCAUCAUCAUAAGGGACUUCUACAACCCUGUACUAGUGGACGCCCAGAAAAGAGAGCUCGGGGCCACUCUUUACAUCGGCUGGGGGGCCGGGGCGCUGUUGGUCUUGGGAGGAGCGCUUCUGUGUGCCAACUGUCCCCACAAAGAGGACGAGGCCCCCUCUGUGAAGUACCUCAUAAACCAGCCUGGAGGAUACAGCAAAGAUGACUCAUACCGGUCUAACACCCCGACAAAGACAUAUAUUUGAGAGUUCUAAAGGGACAAAGAGAAGUCUGGUGGAUGUUUUUGUCUCCGAGAAUUGAAGGAAGCUUGGACUUUAAUCAGCUGCUGUGAAACAUCAAGAAAAAGGACAUACACACAGAAGCCCACAAUGAAGGAAAUAUGCACUUUGUCCUAUAAGAGCAACACACCGUUGUAUAAAGAUGCUUUCUGUUUGAAUAUUGAUGUUACUCUUGGUGAUGAACAUCUAUAAGGUGAUAGUUUAUUAAAUUAUAGAAACUGUGAUUUACAUGUUUGGGAAAGUGGUUAAAAAAUCUUUUUGUAAUUGCACUUUACACUGUUUUGUCCUUUGAUUUGUGAUUCUGUUUUUUUCACAAUAAAUGACCUUCUGUUGUACG